AUGGUUUUGGAAUUAACAUGUUUCAAUGUAUCUUCUUCAUUACCAACAAUACCAAUAGUCAGUAAUAUCACAAAUACUCCUAGCCAUUUAUAUUACAAUCCAAAUGGAAAAGCUGUUUCUCAAUUGAUUUCAUCCUCAUUAGCUCGCUCAACAUUUUCUAUAGCUGAUGUUCGAUCAUUUUUAAAACAAGUCACAUCAAAUAAAAUCAAGUCGUGGGAUGCUUCAACCAUUGUCAAACUAAAACCAAUAACAUCAACUAUUAUCUACACAACUGAUUCGAUUGUAAUCAAAGCAUCUCAAUCAAUAUUUGUCAAAGGAUUUGAUCAAAUACUUCAAGAAACAUAUUUUCUUAAUGAAAUUCGUCAAUCAGUAAGUGAUAGUGUCGUACAUAUCGGUGCAUUGGAACAACUCAUCAAUCAAACCACAAGUCUAACAUCAGAAAUAUAUGUUACUUUUGCAUCUAUUAAAAGUGAAAGUAAUAAUAUGAUCGAUUCUUUAAAGGCACCAUUGCAAAAAUUGUGUGAUUAUGCAGAUGGAAAAGAUAAAGAAAUCGAUGACACAAUUAUUAAAGCAUUAAAUCUUCUUCAUCAACAAAUGAAAAAAUUAAUUGAUACAAUUCGUAAUGAUUUUCUUACUCAUUUAACACCAUGGGAAAAUAAAAUGUUAAUUAAUAAGAAUUUAGAAGAUAAAAUUCGAUGGUAUAUUCGUCUUGUAGGAAUAAUUCUUCUCGUAUUAACUAUUGUUUUUGGCUUCAUUCCCAUUACUUUCGUUAUUCUCAUCAGUAUAUGUUAUUUGUGUCGUUGUCAACAAAAUGGUCGAUCAUCAAAAUAUCGGUUAGUUCAUGCAACAUAUUUUAUACUUGUAUACAAUUUAUUUCUCGAUCUACUUCAAUUAGAUGAGUAA